AGCUUCUCUUUUUUUUUUGGAUCGGGGAAGUAUGUCUGGAGCAAUGUAUCUGUAGAAAGAUUUGUUGAAUUUGUUCCUUUGUACAAAUUGGGGCAAUAAAUUUGAACUUUUGUACAACUUCUUUGCUCGACUUUGUAACACAUAAACAAGAAGAACCCAAGUAGAAGCCUUUUCCACAGGAGGACCUGCACAUUAUGGCCGACGAGGUGGAUAUGGAAGCGUCAGGACUGAAAUCGUCAAAGUUGAAAUAGUUUGCGAUGCAUAAAAUGCUAGACGCAAAGCGCCUCUCUUGCAGAGCAGGCAACUGAGGCCGAUGAUAAGCCUGUUUGGAGUGUGAGAUAGAGCUGCUAAAAUAGCAUAACAAAAGCAGUGCUCUCUGCUCAAACAGCAUGACAAAUUAGAAUUACAUGCUGCCAAAAUUUGUCAUGCGCCACUUGCAAACUGGGCUCCAGCUGGCAUCGCUUUUUUGCAUUACAGAUUGUUGCAACUUUGACGAUUUCGAUCCUGACACUCCCAUAGUGGAGAAGGACCCCACCAUGGGUGGGGCCCCGGAGGUGGAGGACUUCUCGAUCCUGAAACAGGCCCUGCAAAACGUGAAGGCGGUUCUGACCCCCUACGACUGGAUAGAGUUUGUAUCAAAUGUAAGUAAAAAUGUCUGGGUCUGGAAGAUUGCCAGGUUUGUUAUGCAUAUAUUGCAUGACCCAUGAUGCCUGCAAUGCAUGGCUUAGCAUCACAGAUUUUCAGAGGGCUUCCUGUUGCCUAUUCCGCAUGAGAAAUGCCCUCCCGGCGUAGCACAAACCGCACUCCUCUUGCUGGUCAUGCAAUACAGAUUUUUUUAGAAUCGAAAAACAGCAUCACAAGUUGCAACCUUCCAGACCCAGACAUUUUUGCAGUUCAUAGCUCGCGCAGGAAUACGAAACCGCAAGGGCCUUGAGGACUAGAAUGGAAAGUAUUAGAAGUCCUAAUAUACUUCUUUCUUGGAUUCAGGUUCGUUGUUUUGUGCAUGACAGAUGAACAACAACAAACCGCAUAUUAUCCUGUCGUGGUCUGCGUCUGUGUGAGAAAUGAUCAGAAUCACAUUUAUAAACACAACAGGGGAAGACCGACAGCGCAAAAUCGUUUCCGGUGAAGACUCCGACGACGAGCCAAUACCGGAAGACGAAUUGGUAUGGAUGUGUCAGGAUUGAAAUCGACAAAGUUGAAAUAACUUGUGAUGCAUAAAAUGCAGCCCACGAAGAGCCUGUGUUGCAGAGUAGGCAAGUGAGGCAGACUGUAAGCCUGUUGAGGGGUAGAAACAGAGCUGCCAAAUUACCAUGACAAAAGGCGUCUUCCUUACCCAAACAGCAGGUGAAACUAGGUUUAGGCUCUACCCAAAUUUCUUAUGCGCCACUUAGAGACUGGGUUGCAACUGGCAUCCAUUUUAUGCAUCGCAAACUAUUUCAACUUUGACGAUUUCGAUCCUGACGCUUCCAUAAUUGGAAGUGAAGAAAAAGAUGGAGCGUCUCGCCCACGCGGAGCAUCUGAAGUCGCGCAUUGUGGAAGUGCAGAACUACUUUUCCGACGUCAUUCACUCGCUGAUGCAGUGUCACGGGCACAUAUGGGACUGCACAACUCUCCUUCCUCGGCCCACAUUUUUUGAAGCGCAUGAGCAGCAACACAAACAAUGCUAGAAAUGUGGUUUUCGCAUGACAAAUGACCUGCACGUGGAUUGUACUACUGUUUGUAUCGGUGUUUUGCAUUACAAGUCAACAAUGAGGGGGACGAUGAGUUGUCUACUCUCAUACCAAAUCACGAACGACGUGAAGAACGCCGAAGUUUUAUUCCGAGGAAAAACGUCACCACCUCCCAGGAGUUGUUGUCACGCAAACCUGCAUGCCAAAAAAGUUUCUCAUGCGGAGCCCCAUGGGAAGCAUUAUCUAGUCGUGUUUUGGGAUUUGUGAUGCUAGAAUCAAUCAGGAUCAUUAUAUGCUAGAUCUGUGAUGCUGCUGAAGCACUUAGGUAAAAGAGGACUACUCUACGAGGACAAGCUUGUCAUGCGAAACAUACAACCAAAGCUGGUUGAUUUGUCUAGCAGAUUUCCCUCAGUGUGGGGACGUUUUUGCUCGGGAUAAGUUUUUAUCGAGGUCAUGCGAUUUGUCCCGAAGAAUUCGCGGGACGCAGUAGAGUAUCAGAUGCAAAUGUGUCUGGGUCUGGGAGAUUCCGAAUUUUGUCAUGCAGUUUUUCCAAGCUCUCCCUCUCCCACGUGUGGAAAGCAGGGCCUAGCAUCACAGGUUCUGCAGCCCCUUGGUGAUGCAUAUUCUGCAUGAGAAAUGGCCUCUCAGCAUGGCCAGAAGUGGGUACCCUUUGCACGUUAUGGAUCACAGAUCUUUGAUGUAGGAUCCGAAACACGCAUCACAAGUUCGGAUCCUUCCAGACCCAGACAUAUUUGCAGUUGAUAUAGAGCGCCUCACGGAAAAGAACGCGGAACUGACCCGGCAAAUUCAAGAAUUCGAGAAGAAAAUGGAAGAAAUAGCCGAAUACCAGGAGAAACGGCAGAACAUGCUGCUGCAAAGACACCAAGCCGCGUUUGAGAAGCGGAAGACCAUAUGCGUUGCAAAACCAUCGUUGCGCCAGUAGUCGUAGCAAGUACAUAUGCAUAUACAAAUUGCCUUAGAAGCAUGAGAACUACAUCAAAUGGAAUUUGUAAUGCUGAUGUACCUAACAAGAAACGAGACCUGUCAUGCAGUAUUGCAAAUGCAAUUGCUACGUCGAAUUCUUGUGCGACGAAGAUACUUUUGCAAUCCAUAGACCAACAAUCUGAUCAAAACCUGUUUUACGGCGAUGCGGUGCGACUGCCAAACGAGCUGGAUGAACCGGCACAGGGAGGAAGUCCAGGCCCUCCGGGCCGAAACGAAGGACCAGAAAAAGCAGAUCAAACGGUUAGAUGACGAGCUGGAUGCGGUCUAUGAAAGCCUCAGAAUGUAAAUCCUCAAAGUGGAAAUUCUUUGUGAUGCAUGAAAUGCGCCGCAAAAGAGCCCGUAAUGCAGCGGACGCAAUGGAGGCCGACUACUCGUUGUCCUUCUACGGGUGGAGAAUUAUUUUGGAGUGCUGAUUAGCACGAGAGAAGGGCACCCCUUUGCCUUAGCCUGCAUGACAGACAAGCCUGCACAUGCUUUGGAUGCCUUGGAAAUUUGUCAUGUGCCGCCCAGAAGUGGCGCUUCGACUGGAGUGGUGUUUUGCAUUACAAACUAUUUCCACUUUGUGGAUUUCCAAUCUGAGGCUUUCAUACGGUCACGAAAUUGCUUGAUUCCUUCAAAGCAAAGCACGAGAAACAAGUCAAGGUCGCGGCAUAUCCUGUGCAAAAGUAUCGUACUCGUAGUAAUCGCAGUCAUGCAUUACAAAUCUUCAUCCCAAGGUAAACGUAAAACAGCAUGACAAAUUCCAUUUGUCAUGCUAAGCUAAUUUGUCAUGCGAUUACUAUAUAUUAUAUUCAUGCGAAAAAAGAGGUAGACAGAGGGCAAACAAGAGGUGGUCGAGAGGUCAAAAAGAGGUCAAAAGAGGUAAAAAAGAGGUCGACAGAGGUGGAGAGGUGGCGCGGGACCCCUUUCGAGAGGGUCGGCGAGAGGGUGCGCGAGUAUAGCCCGCCGAAGGACCCACCUUAAGGCGGCGCCUAAGUGCCUCAGAGGGUGCAGAGAGGUCAAAAAGAGGGGGCGCGAGAGGUCGACAGAGGUCGAGAGAGGUGGCGCGAAUAAGGGCCAACCUCUCGCGCACCCUCUCGGCCACCUCUGGGCCACCUCUGUCGACCUCUACCCGCGAGUAUAGCCGGACUAUUAGCGGGGACCCCCCAAAAGAGGUAAAAGAGAGGGCCUGCGGGGGGUCUGCGAGAGGGUAAAGACACAAAGUGGAGGGCGCGAAUCCGCAUGGUAUUCCCCAUGUGUAGCAUUGCAGGCCCUUCGCGGACUUGUUUUGUUCGGCGCCUGCCCCCACCACCCUCUCGCGCCACCCUCUCGCGCCGCCCUCUCGCGCCACCCUCUCGCGUCACCCUCUCGCGCCACCCUCUCGCGCACCCUCUCGCGCCACCCUCUCGCGCUACCCUCUCGCGCCGCCCUCCCUCACUGAAGUCAUUGAAAAAGUGGCGCCGGGGAAUGGGGCGGGGUCGGUUCUUGGUUCACCUUGAUUAACGAAAGGCAUGCGUAGCGGACUGUGGUGUGGCAUCUAGGUGCCUCCUGUUCAUCUGCCCCAAUGCUCGUGGUAGCUCCUCCCUGCGCAGAGCGCCCUUAGGCGCGGGAAGCGCGCAGACGGUGCUGCGGGGGCAUAAGUAUGCAUGUCGCUGUGGUCCGGUCCGCAAGCAGUUCAAACCCGGCCAAACAGCCUUGCGCUCCGGCGGUAGCCGGAGCAUGGCUGGUUUAUACUAGUACGAUACUUUUGCAGUUCAUACGGCAGAACAGCUGGCGAAACUGCAGGUGAAUAAAGUAGACUAGAGCUCUUUGAUGUUUUUUCGUCGGAAUUGCUAAGCACAACUUCUUUUCAAAAUUUUGUUCUUGUCACAUGCAGAGAAACAAAGACCUAAACCGCGUGAAAGAACUGUGGAGCAAGCUUGUAAAAAAAAAUCCGAAAAUCUUUAUACGAAUAAAUUCUAUCAGGCGAUGGAAGAGAACCUCGAGAAGCUGACCGGCAAGAUACGGCUGCUGGAGCAGGAGAAGCGGUCUUUGGAAAUUUCCCUGAAGGACGAGGUGUCAAGAAGGAAGGACGCGGAGUACGGGCUGGAAAGGACGCAGGAAGAGUUGACCAGAAAAGUGGAAGAGUUCCAGGACCUAUGAACUGCAAAAGUAUCGUACUCGUAUAAAUGCAUUACAAAUUGACUUAGCAUUACAAAUUGAAUUUGUAAUGCGGAUUUGCCUUGAAGCAAAAAUUUGUAAUGCAUAAACGCAAUUAGUACGAGUGCGAUACUUUUGCACAGGAUAGGACCUGUCAGACCGUUUCGACGAACUCACCGCGAAGGCAAAUCAGCUGCAGAAAGAUUUUAUGAAUUGCAAAUAUCAAUCUAGGUCUGGAUUUGUGAUGCGAAAUUUGAAGGACAGCGAGGAUUUGUGGUGCAUAAAUACGAUUGCAGGCUUUUUUGUCAUGCUGUGAAACUGAGUUUGUCAUGCAAGAAAACUACACGUCGGUAGAACUUUUAAUACUACCCGAAAAAUUUGUGAUGCGUGGAUGCCGUGCAGAAGAUUGCUCUGUUAUCCAACAGUCAGCAACACAAACUCACUGCGUCUUUCCGGACCCAGAUGGAUAUUUGCGUUUGAUAGAUUUGCUGCAGACGCAGAAGGACCUCCAGACGGAGAAGGAGGAGCGGGCACUGGAGAAGCAGGACAUGGACAAGGCCAUGAAAAAACUGACAAAAAAGUACAACAAACUGCAACAGGAAUACGACGAAUUCGAGAAAGAAACGACGGCAAAACUGUCCGAUCUCACCUCCAAGGUCUCCUACCUGGUAAACGAGAACGAAACUCUAUCCUGAGUAAAAACGCCCCCGCCCCAGAGUUGUCAUGCAGAUUUGCAAUGGCAAGAACAACAUUUGUGAUGCGCAUCCCCACGAUACGCAUUCCCAAUCGUGUUUCGGAAUUUUUAAUGCCGUCAACAGGAUGGGUAGCUCGAUUUGUAAUGCGGCUGUCCUUGCUAACCUGCACUACACUACAGAGCGCAACUUGUCAUGCGUCGCUCCCAAAAGCCCCAUCUUGACUCUGGGGUGGGAAUGGAGAUCUUCCUCAGCAUAAACGCUGUCCAAGCGGGUGAAGCAUCUAGAAUGGGAAGUGCAGGACACGAUACGGCAGUGGCACGAGAUAUGGAUGUGUCAGGAUCGAAAUCGUCAGAGUUGAAGUAAUUUGUGAUGCAUGAAACGGAUACCAGUUGGCGCCUAGUUUUCAAGUGGCGCAUGAGAAAUUUGGGUAGAACUGAAAUCCAGUUUGUAAUGCUGUUUGAGUAGGAAGACGCCUUUUGUCAUGAUACUUCAGCAGCUCAAUUUCUACCCGUACCCCUCAACAGGCUUACAAUCUGCAUCCCUUGCGUCCUCUGCAAUAGAGGCAAUUUUUGUGUUGCACUUUUUGCAUCACAAACUAUUUCAACUAUGACGAUUUCGAUCCUGACGCUUCCAUACGAGAAUGUGGCGCAGGUGAAAAAAGAGGCGGCGGAAGAAUUAGAACGGAGGUCGAAGGAAAUCUACUCGGCCUUCGCAGCGGAGCGCGAGACGCAUUUGCGCCGGUUGAAGAUCCAGAAUUACGUAUCAUAUGUAAAAACGUCCCCACCCCAUGCUUAGUCAAGUUGGGAACUUAGCAACACAAAUCCAGAACUUUUGGGAGCCACGCAUGACAAGUUGCAGUCCGUAGUGUAGUGCAUGUUAGCAAGGACAACGGCAUCGCAAAUCCAUCUGCUUAUCCUGUUUGCAGCAUUACAAAUUCCAAAACACGAUUGGCAAUGCCUCUCAUGGAGACGCGCAUUACAAAUCUUCCUGUAAUCGCAAUUCUGCAUGACAGCUCUGGGGUGGGGACGUUUUUACACAGGAUAUUACGAGUUGCAAAACCGGGAUCUCUACGUGAACGAGGCGCUGGAUCUGAACCCCCUCCCCGUGCCGGAAUUCCACAGCGUUAUGGAGUUCUCAAAAGCUACACUCUCAACUGUAGUUACAGAAAUUUGUCAUGCAAGAACUGCAAAAGUGAAAGCGGGAAGAUUGCGUGUUUUGCAUUACAAAUUUGGAACGGAUUAUCAUGUUGCUUAGCCCUUGGGCAGUUUGUCAUGCGGAGUACCUUGAUAACGUAGAUGCUCACGACGAUUUUGCAUGACAGAUUCAUGCAACUGUUGAGAGUUGUGUAGCGCUUGAGAGUCCCAUAAACGUGCUGUCCGCCGUAGAGGAAGAAAUCGGGGAAGACGAAAGUGGCAACCCUAGGAAGAACAAGGGCGGGCUGUUUUGCAAAGCGUGUCGGCGCGCGGUUAUGCAAUACAAAUUUCCCGUACAUGUACAAGAUGCAUCACAAAUUUCACCAAUUUGGAGCGUAAAACUUGUCAUGCCAAACUAGGAUCGAAGCCAAGUUUUGUCAUGCGGAGACCGCAUUUGUACGUGUACGGGAAACUUACUGUGGAUAGCGGUGGUGUUUAUCGACCAGAAGGACAAAAAGCUGAUGGAGAUGUGGACCUAUAAUAUGUAAAAACGCCCCCACCCCAGAGUUGUCAUGCAGAUAUGCGAUUGCAGGAAGAUUUGUAAUGCGCAUCUCCAUGGCAGGCAUUUCCAGUCGUGUUUUGAAAUUUGUAAUGCUGUAAACUGUUUACAAAACAGCAUGCUGUUUUAAAAACAGCAUGACUAGAUGGAUUUGUGUUGCGGCUGUACUUGCUAAACUGCACUACACUAAAGAGAAGAACUUGUCAUGUUUGAAUCCCAAAACUUCUCGAUUUGUGUUGCGAGAUCCCCAUCGUGACUCUGGGGUGGGAACGUUUUUGCUCAGGAUAGGACCCCGGAGCCGAAGAAGGAGGUAACUUCACCAAAGGAUAAAACUAUGAACUGCAAAAGUCAGGUGCUAGUGGUAAUCGUAAUUGCAAUACAAAUUAGAUCAGCAUGAUGACAAAUGGAAUUUGUCAUGCUGUUUUACGUUGGGAUGGAGAUUUGUAAUCCCUGGCUGCGAUUACUAGGGGUGCGAUAGUACUUUUGCACAGGAUAAAAACCUUCAACAUGCAGCUCAAGUCCGUGUCCCCCAGGAGUAGAAAGUCACCGGAACGCGGCAUUCUCUCCCCGAUGAUCAGCCCCAAUCGAGCGCGGAGUCUCUCGAACGGGCGGAAUCCGGGGAUACGGGCGCAAACCGAGGCGACAUUCAGAACACGGCCGAGCGUGCACAAGGCGUGAUGAGGAGGGGGAAAAGGCGUGUUGAUGUUGAAGAUGUGCACGUCCUAGUAGCCGAGAAGGAAAUGAAGUGUUCCAAAAGUAAAAUUUAUUUACAAUAAUUUUAUACCGUUCUUUUCUAUGUCAUUCCGUAUUCUAUUGUCUUUUACUUCGUCGCAGAAGUGAAACAAAACCAAAAACAGUUUAAGAUUAUACGUCUCAGAAAUACGACGCGGGCGCAGGUGGCGAGUCAUCGCGCUUGUUGUCGAACCGGUUUCAACAAAACAGUUUAAGAUUAUACGUUCAUAGCAUAACGCCAAUUUACCAAAACUUUUCAGGAAAUAUUCGUCUUACUCAAAAUUUUGCAAUUUACCGAACUCUAACGUACAUUGAUGUUAUCAAAUUUGUGUCGUCUUGUUAGUUGUAUAUGCUCCUUUACAACCUUUUGCUUUUCGGUCAGCAGAGGUCGCGUUGACAACUGUAUCCCAAAUAAGGCAACAUCAAACUACGACGGUAGCAGGAACAUCAAACGUAUCCAAGACCACCACGUGGCUCCAAUAUCCUAGGGCCGCCUGCUGGUUCGUUUUGUCCGCCUUCGUUGUUGCUGCUCUUGUCUGAAUUGCAACUGCUGCUGGAAGGGAUCGCUCUCUGUAUAGUACAACCAAGGUUUUCAUCAAAACGCGCUGAACUUCAUUUGUCGUACUAGCUCGUCCCCGUCCCGCACGACAGAACAGAACUUUUUACAACUGUACAAUCUUUUGAGCAGGUCGGAAAAACUAUAAUGAAAAUAAAACGUUGC